AUGCAAAUAAAAGAAGGAAAAAGAUUCUUUUCUUCUUCCGGUUCAAGUGAAACUGAUGUGUGUGAGCAUGUUUGUUACCUCCGUAUAAUAUUAAGUUAUUGCCGGUUACCAUACGCAAAAAUGUCUUCGCUAACAUCCACUGUUGUGAAAUUAGAACCGAAGAAACGAGCGGUCCUGUCAGGCGCAGUUCAGCUGUGCGCGCGCUGCUCUGAACUUGAGCCAAGGCGGUGUUAAUAUUCCCAUACAACACAGAGCAGCCUGCAUAGCAUAGCGUGUUAAAUCUCUUGUAAAUCUGGCAGAUUUACAAUGUUCAGACUAACAACGUUUUAAACAAGCAUAAUAAUUGUCGUGUGAAUCGUCAAUGUUAAGCGUGGGCUAAUAUAUAUGGUAAUGAAAUUACGUGCUUGAGACCUGGCAGUUACGUUACCAGCAGGUCAUGUUGAUAUCAAAAUUAUAUUACGUAACUGGACCGUUCUUGGUUAUCCUGCAACGUUAGGAGACGGUAAAUGUGACGUUAUGAAUUGGUCAUUUAUUGGUAAUGAAAUUACAUGCCUCGGACGUGUACUUUACGUUACCAGUAGGUCAUGUAACAAAAUACUACGAAUAUAGUACGUAACUGGACCGUUUUUGGUCAUCGUGUAACGUCAGGAGUUCGUGCAGGCGACGUCGUGAAUUACGUGCCUGGGACGUGUCAGCUACGUUGCCAGUUGGUAAAUCAUGAAAUUAUCAAAAAUGACCAGUAAAUUACCUAACCGGUACGUCAUGUGUUAGCUGGGAUUACUUAACCCUUGAAUGUUAAUAAAAAGUAGAGUCAGCCUCAGACAUCACGGCCAUGCACGGACCGCUGGGUGAACGUCCGAUGUAUGUGGCACACUUAACUGGAAUAUUCCAAUAUGUUGUAACAUAAACUCUAAAAAACGAUGGGUUAUUUUUAACCCAACUAUUGGGCUGCAGAGAUAUUGGUUCGUUUUGUAGGGUUAUUUCUGACGUUCAUUGGGCCAUUUAACAAACCAGCCAGUUUGGUUCAAAUUGAGCUGCUGGGCGAUUUGGGACACAGCCAAGAUAAUAUUUUGUUCCUUGUCCUCUGUUUUUUUCUUUAUCUCAGCAUACAAACAUUCAUAAAGUGGAUACUCUCCAUUUUAGGUAAUCCCUAAUUCACUCAAAUAUAUAAAAGGUCCGUUUCAGUUUUUUAGAAGCUCCUUUUAUGUUCCUCACACAAAUAGUUUUUUAAAUAAUAAUAUUGAAGGUGUUUAAGUAAUGAUCGUGUUGUUUAAGUAACUACCUCGAGAGGGCACCAAACCCUUUCGCUACAAGCGAAUUUUCUCUCAUGCUUUUGCUUUCGUUUUAGGUAGGCCACUGUAACCGUCUUUAUCGCUAAAGCCGUUUGUAUCUUUAAUAACACUAUCGCGUUUUUAAAAUCUUAUAUUUGACUGCAAUUGAUACUUUAUUCAAUUGAUGCUUAUAAUUUCCUGUCGAAGAACCGAAGAUGGAGACGUCAGGUGCUUCACGUUGUAGAUCAGAACGGAGGAUUGUACUUUUGGGUCCAAAGAAUUCUGGGAAAAGUUCAACGGGAAAUAUUAUCCUGGGAAAAAAGGAGUUUGACCUAAAAAUUCAAUUUCAAUGUCAAAAGAAAUGUGCUGAAAUAUCAGGCUGGGAAAUCACGGUGGUUGAUACACCUGGCUGGUGGGGGACAUUACCUCAUGAAGAAAACCCUGAACUACACAAACAAGAUGUUGUCUUGAGUUUUACUCGGUGUGCACCAGGACCCCAUGCCAUUCUUUUAGUUUUAAAUGUGGACAUGCCAUUUAAACAAAAAAAGAGAGAUGUUCUUUGUGAAAAUAUGAGAUGUUUCGGCGAGGAUGUGUGGAAACACACAAUAGUGUUGUUCACUUGUGUAAAUCAACCUGGAGUUGAACAAUUUAUAGAGAGGGAAAAUGAAACAUUCCAGUGGCUCCUCGACAAAUGUGAGAGCAGGUAUCAUGUUCUUAACAUUAGAAAUAAAGGUGAUGGACCUCAGGUCACAGAAUUGCUAAAGAAAAUAAAUAAUAUGGUGGAAGGAAACAAAGGAAGACAUUAUGAAAUACACGGAGAGACCCUACAGCGUCUAGCAGAGAAGAGGAGAAACCAGGAGAAGAAAGCAGAGGAAAGAAAAGUAAAGAUAAAUCAGAAAAAAACAACUGGACUUAAACAUCCUCUCUCAGAGAUAAGGAUUGUGCUUCUUGGUUACAAUGGAGCCGGGAAGAGUUCAACAGGAAACACCAUCCUUGGAAAAUCUGCAUUUGAUUCCAAAAGAUCCAUUACAUCCGUGAUGAGGCAAGGAGCUGUUGCAGGGAGACACAUCACUGUGGUCGAUACUGCAGGCAGAAGGCGAAAUUUAUUUUCGCAAUACACCCCCAGACUCUAUAAAGACGAAAUCAUGUUGAGUUCCUCUCUUUGUCCUCCAGGACCUCAUGUCUUUCUUCUGGUCAUACGUGUGGAUGUGGCAUUCACUGAAGUGUAUAGACGAGCCGUAGAGGAACAUGCUUCUUCUCUCGGUGUCAAUAUCUGGGAUCACAUGAUCGUUCUGUUCACCUUUGGUGACUUGCUGGUGGAGACAAGCGUCGAGCUGUUUAUUGAGAGUGAAGGGGAUGCUCUUCAGUGGGUGAUUGAUAAAUGUGGAAACAGGUGUCAUGUUUUCAACAACGUGGACAAAGGUGAUGCCAAUCAAGUGACUGAGCUUUUUGAGAAAAUAGAAGAGACGGUUGCAGGAAAUGAGAGACAAAUGUAUGUGACAAGCGAUGAAAAUUUACAAAAGGUGAAAGAAAGAAGACGGAAGGCAGAAGAAAGAGUAAAAGAGAUGAAGGACCAAGAGCAAAAAAGAAAUGAAGCAAGACGAUUAAUGUCUGCAGAUGGAAAUAUGGAAAAAAUGGGUUUGGUGUUGUUUGGGCCGCACUGUUCCGGCAAGAUUUCAGCAGGGAACACAAUUUUGGGUAGAGAGACAUUUGUCAAAACUUGGUCAGGACAGAAUCUGAAAGAAAGCUGGGAAGUCGCAGGAAGGAAUCUCACUGUGGUCUGUACACCAGGAUUUACCAAAAAUGAUCCUCUUAAAAAGACACUUCAAGAUGCUAAACUUAACCUAUUGAGAAGUGUUACAGAGAGCUCCUCUGAAACGCACGCUUUCAUUUUAACCUUGUGUGUCGACUGUUCGUUUGCCGAGGAAGACAAGACCGCAAUAACAAAGAUCCUGGAGCCUCUAGGUGAACAAGUCUGGAAACACACUCUGGUCCUCUUCACGGAUACAGAUCAGCUCGGAGACACUCCAAUCGAGUUAUUCAUUGCAAGCGAAGGUGAUGUUCUCCAGUGCCUCAUUGAGAAAUGUGGGAACAGGUAUCAUGUUCUCAACGUCAAGAACACGGGCGAUGGAUCUCAAGUCACAAAACUGCUGGAGAAGAUAGAGGAGAUGGUGGCAGGGAACAGAGGAUGUUAUGAAAUGGACAAGGAGACGUUAAAGGAGGCAGAAAGACGAAUCGCUGUGCCUAUGAAAAGAGCAAAGAGUAUGGAAGAUCCAAUCAAUCUUGCUAAAGACUGCACUCCUACCUCGGGGGUAGGUUCAGAAUACAUGUCCCUAAGAGAGAAAGAUUCAACCACAGAGGAUUUCAAUAUUGCAAUGGAAUCGGAAAAGAAAUCCGAAGAGACCUCAGGCUUGGAAUCUCUUGGCUCUAUUCCUGAGUUGGAAGUAUUUAAUUUGGAUUGAUUACGACUGAUAUACAGAACCUGCCUUAAAUCUUUACUGUAUGAUUUUUUUAAAUAGUUCGAUAGAUAACGAAUGGUAGGUAGAAAAAAAACAUAAACGUUUUGAAGAUUGUGGCAAGCUCUUUUGUAAUUAUUAAGAAAUUAUAUUAAAAAAAUAGGGAACAAUCAAAUAUCAACAAUUUCUUAUAAAAACUGUACUUAUCAACACUAUCAUGAUCCAUGAUCUUCAUUUUCAUAUUUUACAAAUAUGAUUCAGCAAAGAAUGUAAGUAAAUAUAAGUACAUCUGUUGGGUCCUAAAAUCAGUCUUCUUUGAGUUAUAUUGCCUUUGUUGUUUUAUACUUAUUUAAGUAAUUUUAUAAAUUAGUCUUGUAUUAUUACUGACUUUAAAACUAAUAUCUCUCAUCCUACAAUUUACUGUAUAAAUAUGUGCGACAGUAUAAAAUAACAAUAAACCAAUUAAGAUGGAGAAUCACCUAUUUUACCUACAGUAUUUACCUCUUUUCAGGUAAGGCCAACAUAAACAAAAUUAUGUAAAGCAAAAAUAAUGACAAGAUUCUUA